UACAUAAAUGCAGAAUGCUUUAUGUUUUUGAUCCCAUUUUAUUAUUUGCAGUCGAUAUAAUAAUUAUUAUAUUGAUCAAGGGAGUCUAAAAAUAGCACGAGACAUUGCGAUUACGAUAGUCUUUUGUGCUCGUGUUUACCUUUUUGUUGGCUUGUUCCAACUGCUAAUAAUAAAUAAUGGCUUGUGAGAUACAACUACCGUCCUGGAGACAUGUAUAACACAAACUGCUUCCAAUACUGUAGAUAGAUCUAUACAAAUAAUUCAUAUAUCCUUGGAUUCUGACUACCUCUCUACAAUAAAGCAUGCUACAAUGCGAAUGCUAGUAUCUAGGCUUGCAGUAUGUCUCUGCCACAUUAAAGUAGAAGAAACAACACUAUGAUAUAAAAGAGUUUUAGCAGUUGGCUAUAUAGGAUGGGUAGUGCAUCCUCCAAGUUCCGCAAGCACCUUCAGUCUGGAGAUGAAGUUCAGGCGCUCCAGCUGUACUUCACAAACAGUGAGCUGAGGAAAGCCCUGGACCCCAACAGCUCCUAUGGAGACUCCCAUCAGCAUGAGACGCCUUUACAUUUAGCAUCCAGACAUGGAAUGCAGAAGCUGUUGGGGAUACUACUUUUUUCAAAACGUGGUAACCCUAACAAAACCAAUGCCAGGAAAGAAACAUGUCUGCACUGCGUAUGCAUGGAGUCCAAUAACCAGUCAGUUCAUAUAUGCAACAGGAGAGCUGAGUGCUUGAACUAUCUAUUAAAAUGGCGGGGGGCCACGCUUUCUGAGGGCCAGAUAGAGAAAAUUGAUUUGCAGGCUCAGGAUGAGAAACUGAACACAGCUUUACACUAUGCUGCUGCUUCUGGCUUAAAUAAAUGUGUCGAGAUUCUUAUCCAGCAUGGAGCCCCUUUAUUCUUAGAAAAUGAGGAUAAUUUGACCCCUUGUGAUGCUGCUGAAAGGAAUGGGCAUGCUGGUAUAGCUUUGUAUCUUGAGUCUAAAAUGGUGUUCUCAAAUGAUGAGCCUCCUCAAGGAGAUGAAGAUAGGAUUUCAUUAACACCAGUUGAAGAAUACUCUGGAUUGCGUCCACAAGACCUCCAGGAAGCAAAAGACCAACUGCUUGUAGAGACUGCAGACAUGUUAAGUGUUCCAUUGUUUACUGCUGAGGCCCUCUUGAGAAAUCAUGAAUGGUCUAGAGAAACAUUGUUAGAAGCCUGGAUAUCAGACCCUAUAGCUUGCUGUGAGAAGUGCGGAGUCACCCUACCGUCCACCUUGUUCAGUGAGAAACCACAAGUCCAAGAAAAUUUAGCCAGUCCAUUGCCUUCCCCUUUACACACUGCGCCAACACCACUAGAUGCUGAGUGCAACAUCUGUGCUAACACAUUCCUCAUUGCUGACGAGCCCGUCCACAUGCCAUGUUUACAUCAGUUCUGCAAAGACUGCUGGGAAAGAUAUUUAAAUGUGAAAAUUCAAGAAGGAGAUGCCCAUCACAUUACCUGCCCUGCUUAUGACUGUACAAUGCUAGUUCCUGUUGAUAUCAUUGAAGGUAUAGUGUCCAGGGAUAUGGCUCUUAGAUAUCUACAGUUUGACAUCAAGGCUUUUGUGGAUAGCAACCCUGACAUGAAAUGGUGUCCUUCCCCUGGCUGUGGCCAAGCUGUCAAACUGCCAGACCUUGAUCUCACGUCCCUUCAUGGUACCAAGCGAAACAGAAUCCCUUCAGACACAUCUAGAGGUGUAGACUGUGGGGCUGGUCAUUAUUUCUGCUGGGAAUGUCUAGAGGAGUCCCAUGAACCAUGUAGCUGUGAUAAUUGGACCAAAUGGUUUCAGAAAAUCAGUGAAAUCAAACCAGAAACAUUGGAUGGAACAGAACAGGAAACAGAGCUGGCUGCCAACUGCCUUUGGCUUGUGACUAAUUCCAAGCCAUGUCCCAAUUGUAAGUCUCCUAUACAGAAAAAUGAAGGUUGCAACCACAUGAAGUGCAGCAAGUGUAAGUAUGACUUCUGCUGGGUGUGUCUAGAACAAUGGAAACGCCACAACAGCUCAACAGGUGGCUACUUUAAGUGCAAUCGUUAUGAGGUGCUCAAGAAGGUGGAAGAACAGAGUGCACAGCUCAUGUCUGAGGCAGAGUCCAAGAAUAAAAACAUGCAAGAGCUGAACAGAUUUGUCCACUACUACACAAGAUUCAAGAACCAUGAGAACAGUUAUAAGCUUGAAGAACCUUUGUUAAAAACAGCUAAAGAUAAAAUGAUGAAACUAGCUGAAGCAGUUACUGAUAGUGCUACUGCCCAGGCAGAAACUAAGUUUGUUGAGGAUGCUGUUCAACAGUUACUCAAGGCUAGGAGGGUUCUCAAAUGUUCCUAUGUCUAUGGGUAUUACCUUGAUGGACCAGGAUAUAAAAAAAUUGUUUUUGAAUUCAUGCAGACAGAGCUAGAGGAAUGCACUGAGAUUCUAUCCCAAAUGGUCAACCGGCUCUAUUUGAGAACCCCUCGCCGUAAGAUAAUUGAGCAGGCUCACAUUGUCCAGCGCAAGCGGCUGGAGUUCAUCAUGGCCAUUUCUAAAGGGUUGGUGCCCCCUGAGACCCCACCAGCAGUGCGUAGGGGGAAGAAGAAGAGAAAGUUCAGUGGUGGUGGACAGGAAGAUGAAGACUUACAUAGAGCCAUUGUAGCCUCUAUUCAGGAGGUCAAUCCAGCUAAUCCAUGGAUUAAAGAUGCCUCAGGGCGCCAUACAAAUGUCAACUCUCUUCUGGAGUGGCCUUCACCUUCAGAUGAAAGCGAGGACAGUGAUACAGAACAAGAGAAAAGAGCAUUGAGAGAGAAUAUAGGUAAGUGUCACAGAUCAGGUUGCAACAAAGUUCGAGCCAGAAACCCAAAGACCAAUGGUCACCAUGAUUUCUGCAGUCUAUACUGUAUGCUAGUGGACAAGAGUGACAGAGAAGGGGAGGAACGAGAAGGUAUCUCUGAGAUUGUCCUUGAUGAGCACAUGGAGCUGUUGAGAGCUCUAGAGAUGUCCAGACUUCAGUACCUCAGAGACAGUGGUCUGCUGUAUGUGCCAGACUCUCAGGAGGGGCAAAAGCAUGGCAAGUUUGCUCGCACUGGAUCUCAUCGGCCUAGGUCCAACAGUGCUGGCCAGACAUCCAAAGAUAGCCGGCACCGUCUGUUGGAUGAUGUUGAUGCACAGUGUCACAGACUGCAAGAUUUAUCAGUGGUCUUCACAGAAGAGAAGAAAAAGACUCGUCCAAAAUCUUCCAUUGAUAAGAGGAGAAAGUUAAGUCAGUCCAGUAGAUUUGAUGAAUCUAAAUCUACCAUUGUGACCAGAGUUCCUAAUAAAAGUGUGGAGGAUCUCUACUGCCUGGACCUGCCAACCAAAGCUGUGAAAUGUAGUCCAGGUUUCAAGGAGGGAUAUCUAACACCAGUGUCCAGAUCCACAAGCUCUGGUUUGCUGGAUACUUCAGGCAUCAAGGUGUCACAUUCCUCUGAUGCCCUGACGCCAAGUGCCAGCUUUGAUGAGAAAGUGUCCAUAUCUUCCUCGUCGUCCUCCUCCACUUGUGGGAUCAACUCUGCGGCUACCACCAAGUGCAUAUUUGGGUCCAUGUUUGGUGCCAUCAAAGACAUCUCUGUCUCCAACAUACACUCCAGCAAGAGUGACAAGACGAGAGAUUUCCUCAGCAAGGAUCUGGCCUUGAUAUUCAACACCUGGGACUCGGAUGAGCACAAGAAAGCACCGGAGAAACAAAGCUGUAGAGGUACAGGGCAUGCUCGGCGACCUCUGACCCUGGAUGAGUGUUCAGGUUUGUCUGGGAAGGGCGUUUUGGAUUAUAGCUCUGGGCAGUCCCUGUCAAGGCCAAACAAAUCCCAAACACAGGCCAUUGUGAACAGUCAAGAUGACUCCAUUAGCGCAUCAGCACAUGGCUUUAGAGCUGGACAAGUCCUGCAGGAAGACAAGACUUGGGAUUUGAUCUGUAAUGAAGAAGUAGAUGAUGAUGCAGUUCUUUCUGAGGCUCAGGCAGCUCUUUCUGAAGCCCGAGACUCUUCACAUGCGUCUGAGAAUACAGAUGUAAAAAAUGCUCAAAAUAGUGUUCGAGAACUGAUAGGCAGGAAGUCUGCAUCUUCUUGUGAGUUUUCACUGCUGGAGAUGGCAGAAAAUCUCCUUCAGAUCACAGCUGAUGUGCACUAUAGAAUCAAAGAGAUUGAAAAGGGUAUCCGAGGACUGGACUUGUCUGGCUCAACCCGGUCUGUGAAGUCGGCAGAUGCAGCAGUUGGGCAGAGGGAGAAAAAAACUUUCAAACUGAGAGUAAACUCUGCGAGUGAUGUCAUUGUCAGAGAAAACGAGAGCCCUCCUUUGCCAAGAGCUGCCUGGUCUGACGAGGUCACAACUGAUGACCUAUCUUCCUUGUCAUCAAAAUCAAAAGCUAAGUCCAGGAAAGUGCACUGCUCAUCUAAGGAAAUGAUUACGCAGGGUAAACCUCUGACCUUAACCUGUGAUACUUCUGAUAGUGUUCAUCAGUUGGCAUUUGGUUGUCAAGGGAAGUCUGCUCGGGUGUCGCCAAAUCAGAUUUCUAAGCUUUCAGUCAGAGCUAUGCUGACUGAGCCAUACGUCCCGGAAGAACUUGACUCUAGACAGACUGAGGUAGAGGAUGAAACAGAGCUAACCACAAAUAGAGAUGCUAAACCAAUUGCACAAUGGUCAGCUCAUGAUGACUACUGUAUUCUGCCCCAAAUGAACACACAGCCGACAAAUACAUGUGGCCCUAGUGAAGCACAGGGAUCUCUAGAGUACUCUUUGUUCAGAAAUACACAGGCUGACCCUGCCAAUCAGUUGGACAGCACAUCUGACUCAAAGCUGUUGGAUGGGCAUCUUGACUAUCACCAACUAAUCAGUGUUGAGGGAGACGCAGACGGAGGACUGUCAACAAGUGCCUUGAUUAUGGAUGCUUAUGAGAUGGCAGCCUCCGAGGACCAGGACUUGUGGGAAGAUGCCAGCACGGGACUUUCUCCAAAAGCUGUUAAGGAGGAUCAAGGUGAUUGUCAACUGUGUGAAGAGGAUGAUGAUGAUUCAGUUUAUGUAUAAUAUAUGCAUUAUAAAAACCUUUCUUCCAAUUUUUUUUUUUUUUUUGUAAGGAGUUUCCUUUAUAUUUUACAAAUAAUUUGUCACAAAUAUUUGGCUGUUGCACCAACAGCGCAACUGCUCCACAGUCUUAUAGACAGCAGAUUUCUUUUUUUUAAAAAUAAUUUUUAAUUGUAAACAGCCCAUAAUUGUACAUAGCUGUUACAAUAUUAAAAUCCAUUUCAUUGACACACUAGAUCAGUUUAACUCACUAGAUCAGAUUCACUCACUAGAUCAGAUUCACUGACUAGACCAUGAAAGAAAAAGAACUUUUGAAACAACUUUUUCAUCUAAUUCUUCUCUAUUUUAUACAAAUAUUGGAUUCUUCUUUUGUUGUCUUGUUAAUUUAAUGUUUCAACCUGUUCAAAUGGCAAAGCAUUUUUAGUUUCCUCUACACAUUCUCUAACAUUACUUGACAAUUUGGAUUCAAAAGAUGGUUUGAAUUUUCUUUGUUUAUUUACAAUGUUCAAUUUAAAAUGAAAUAUUUCGAUACGAUAUAUGUCCAUAUAUUUUGGCUUAGUAUUCAUUUAAAAAAUAUUUGAAAUUUUAUCACUAGCUUUUCUCACAAAAAUUAAUUGAAAUUGUACGAUCGUGAUUGUCUGUAGACUACAACAUAUUUUUUGCUUAUUUGUUAUGUGGAUCAAUUUUUUAAAAACCUAUACACUCUUGUCUUCCUUUUUUUGGUCUCUCUCUCUUUUUUGUUUGUUUUGCAAAUAUUUUGUUUCAUCUCAUCUUGCAGUUGUUUUUUUUUUUUUUUUUUUACAUUACUUACAGUUUUCACUUGGUCUUCUGCUUAUCAACUUCUGUAGGGAGUAAUGAUUGUUGAAACUAACAUUAAGUGCUGCAUUAAACAAUUAGCCUAAAGAAAACUCUUCAGAUUGAAUUAGCUUUCUAUUGAAUGUUUCCUUGAGCAGAAACAUUUUUUAAUCAUUUGUUGGGGUGGUGGAGAGGUCUAAGUGUGUCAGACAUAUUUAUACUUUAAAACAUGUUAAUCUUCACUGCCCCCCCCCCUCAAACAAACAAACAAACUACAAAAUAAAAAAAAAAUGUUUUGUAAUUCUACAUUGUUUUCUUAUUUCUCAGUAUUAUUAAAACUAGUUACCAUUUAGUUCCUUGUAAAAAAUCUCAGAAUUCAUUUUUACAAAUGAAAAGUGUUUUUAGCUAGUUAUCAUGCUCCUGCUAUCAGGGUUUAAUUAAAUUCAGUUUUCACUUGAGAAAGUCCAUAGAGAGUGCAAGACUCUUUAUUUUCUUAAAAAAUGAGAGCAAGUGAAAAAAAAUAUUCAUUUGAAUACAAUGUACUCAUUAGAUUAAUCUAACAAUUCUGCCCAGAGAUAUACACUUUUUUCUUUAUUCUUAAUGAAUUCCUGAUGAAUUCUAUGCAUAUUUCCAUAAAUGUAUUUGACUUUGUAAGCAACAACUAAACAGUAGACUUCAUCAUUCUGCAAGCAGAGAACUUUGCAAAACAUUCUUGGCUGUUGAUUCAGUCAGAUUUUACCCCUGAUAUUUACACUAUUCUACAGGGAAAUCAAGUAAAAAAAAACACAGGAUUAAGGCAUGUUUCUUAUUCUGUAUUCUUGGACAAAGUCAUAGAAGUAUUUUUUCUUUCCUUGUGUAAUUAUAGCAUAGAAAGGUUUUCUGAAUUGUUCAGGAAAAAAACUAAUGACUUGAAGUCUCUAAUUAUUCUACAUGUAUGACAAUUUUACACAGCAAUCUUAGACUGCUUAAAUCCAUUACACUGCUUGUAAGAAAAUGAUGAAAUUAAAAGCUCCAUUUUCUGAGUCAAGGUUGAGACUGUAAUAUUUGAUGCUUUUUCCCCAUUGGCUGUGAUCAAGUCUGAGAAUUCCUUGUACCUUUACAACAGUUUUCUUAGAGAUCUAUAUAUUUCGCACUGUACAAAAUUAUUUUUACAACAUGGCCUAUUUAUUCAUGUGUGCCAUACGUAAACUAUCAAAUUAUCUCUCCUUUCAUAUAUAUAUAUAUAUAUAUAUA